UUGACUUUGUUGUCCACAUCUAACAGAUAAUGGAUAUUAUCGAAAACUCAUUCAUUAUCGAUAUCGACAUCAACAUCAACCUCGACAACAACAACAACAACGGCAACAGAGAGUCUAGAAAAUAAAACACAAGAUAAUGACAGUGUUGUUAAAUCAGUUGGUGAUCAACAACAGCAACAACACAAUGGUUGCGUUAGUGGUGGUAUAGUCACCGCCAUCAGUAACGUUGAUGCCGUCAUCAUCAGUAGUGCCAGUAGUGGUGGUGACAGUAAUCACAAUAAGUCCCAUCAUAAGUGUAUCACUUCAUCAUCGAGUCAUAAGUCGACGCCAUUCAACAAAACGCCAGAUAAGGCCAGCAAUACCGCCGCCGCCGUCGCUACCGAAACGCCGUCAAUCAAACCGGAAUCGCACUCCAAGUUUAUGAAGUCAGCCAUGUGUUCAAAGUGUCGCAGAAAAUCCGUAUCCAAUGUACGCAUACAAUGCAAAAUGGAUCAGUACUUGUCCAGUAGACUGCAGACAUUUCCACCCACACUAUCGCUGUCGCUGCAAACGCCACGGUUACCAUUGCCGGCACCCGACUUACUGAACCUUAAGUACGGCAAAUACUAUCGAGUGGAACACUAGCCGAACGGUAUGGCCAAUGUACUGGACCUGUAUUGGGACGAAAUCAUUCUUUCGGACUGUCAGAUGAAAGGUAUGAGUUAGCCAUCGAAGGAAAGUUUUUACCGAAGAAUCAGCUAAAUUGUAGCCAAAUAUCUCAUAUCUAUUGUACACAAAGCGGCCAAAACUAUGUGUCUUAUUGAUUUUUUUGCCGACAGUGAACCCGCCCUAACGGUUAAGGCGGAUGUUUUUUAGGACAAUCCGGUUUCCGAUAUCGAGACGACAACAUUGCAGGCCUACAGAGAUAAUGUGCACAAAAACUACAAUAACGGUACGUUUCGUUAUGGACCCCUUCAUCAGAUAUCGCUGGUCGGUACCGUACACGAGGAAGUCGGAGGUUAUUUUCCGAAAAUGAUUCAACUAGUGGAACAGUCACCGUUCCUCAAGUAUGUUAUGCCAUGGGGUCAUAUGUCAGCCGUACGUAUGGCAACACCCGAAGAAUCAAACGAUGGACCGAUAUUGUGGAUCAGACCCGGCGAACAACUGAUACCUACGGCCGAACUUAGCGCUAGUGGUGGCGGUGGUCAGAAAACACCGAAAAGUAGCCAAAAGCGUGCGCAGAGUGAACUCCGGGGUCUACAGUUGCGUAGGAUUAGUGAGCCCCGGGAGAUGAUGUUCGAGGACAGAACCCGAUGUCACGCCGAUCACGUUGGCCAAGGUUUCGAUAGGCAAACAACGGCAGCCGUCGGCGUAUUGAAAGCUGUCAACUGUAACAGCCAAUGGAAAUACAAUCGGGUGACCAAAGAUGUUGUCGCCUUUCACGCGGCCGACUUUGACCAGCUGACCCAAAAGUUGCAACUAGACCUACACGAACCACCUGUUUCCCAAUGUAUCACCUGGGUCGAAGAUGCCAAACUGAAUCAGCUGCGCCGGGACGGCAUACGCUACGCCCGUAUUCAACUGCACGAUAAUGAUAUAUAUUUUUUGCUCCGCAAUAUCAUUCACCAGUUUCGUACUGUUUCCCGUAAUUUGUUGUUUUAGUUUUUUUGAGGGGAUGGGGGCGGGGUGUCCAAGGGUCCAAUGAGUUUAGAGAUUUGUUUAUUAACAUUGGUGAUUUAAUUUAAUGCUAAAAUUUAUAUUCUAUAUGUAUGUAUGUGUAUGUAUUAGGUAUGUCUGUGUGUGUGUAUGUAUUAGGUAUGUCUGUGUGUGUGUGUGUGUAUGUAUUAGGUAUGUCUGUGUGUGUGUGUAUGUAUUAGGUAUGUCUGUGUGUGUGUGUAUGUAUUAGGUAUGUCUGUGUGUGUGUGUAUGUAUUAGGUAUGUCUGUGUGUGUGUGUAUGUAUUAGGUAUGUCUGUGUGUGUGUAUGUAUUAGGUAUGUCUGUGUGUGUGUAUGUAUUAGGUAUGUCUGUGUGUGUGUAUGUAUUAGGUAUGUCUGUGUGUGUGUGUGUGUGUGUGUGUGUGUGUGUGUGUGUGUGUAUGUAUUAGGUAUGUAUGUGUGUGUGUAUGACGAUGACGAAGAGCUGUACGAUGGAGAUG